AUGUCCCGGGAAUUCACAAUCCCAAUGAACGCUGAUUCCGCAUUCCAGGUUACUCUACAUGAGCCAUCCCUGACGUCUGACAACCUAGGGAAUAAAACUUGGGUCUCCUCAUAUAUGCUAUCUAAGAGGCUUCACACUUUCCAUUCUUCUGGCUCGGUUCCCGUUUCCCAUGAUCAGAAUCCUACACUACGAACUCUUGAGCUUGGAGCAGGUACCGGUCUUGUUGGCAUAUCUUUCGCAGCAGUAUGGGGUGCUGCAGCUUCUGUUCAUCUCACUGACUUGCCCCCUAUUGUGCCUAAUCUUACGCACAACGUUUCUUUGAAUGGUGACCUUAUUACCAAGGUCAAGUCAAGCGUCACUACGGGCGUGCUAGACUGGUCCCUCCAGUUUGGCGUCUCUUUACAAAGUGCUGAGAAGUACGAUGUAAUUCUCGUUGCAGACCCUCUCUAUUCUUCUGAUCACCCCAGAUGGCUUGCUCAGGCUAUAGAGGUGCAUAUCUCUUCCAACAGUUCGUCAAGGCUCGUGCUGGAACUGCCCUUACGUGAAGUUUACCUCCCACAGGUACACGAACUCAAGAAAAGAUUGGACCAUAUUGGCUUAUAUAUCCUCGAAGAAGGGGAAGAGAUUGGCUAUGAUGACUGGGCAGGCAGGGAUGGAUCACCAGUGGAAGUCCGGUGCUGGUGGUCAAUUUGGGCCUGGAAGUCACCUGCAUAG